AGCUCUUUUCAUAUAUUGCGUUCCCUCCUUUCCCUCCCGGUCUUUAGCUAUUUUCACUGAACUUCCCGGCGCCGACGUAUUUCACGCCGCCGACGUAAAAAGGAUACUCGGCGCGCUCUAUUCCACAGCUGUCGGAAUUGGUACGAAGAAAGCGGUUUGAGUUGCGGCGCCUCUCACGUUUUGUAUUGGCAGUGUAAAAUGGCGCCUCCAACCUCCGGCUCAAACGCCAAUGCAAUCAUCAAAUUGGAAGAAGAGAUUGAAGGAGAUCAAAUCGGCUCCAGGGAUUAUCGCUUUUGCAGAAUUGGAGAGCCUGUCCCCAUUAAAGCCGACGGCAUUUCGCCAUUUGAUCUUGAGGACGAGGUCCCUCCCUCGCAGCCUCUCGCCGUCUCCGAACGAUUUCGCCUCAUCUUUGUCGCCCACUCCGACGGGUUUUGUGUAGCGAGGACCAAUGAAGUUUUGGCGUCGGCCAAAGAGAUUAAAGAUGAGAAGAAGGGGCUCUCUGUCCAGGAGUCGUGUAGUGUGGAUAUUUCUAUCGGAUUGGUUUCGAUAUUGGCCUUGUCUGCUGAUGAGUCCUUGCUAGCUGCUACUGUGGGUAGUGAAAUCAACUUCUUCCCCGUUAGCACCCUGCUCCUCAAGGAGCAAAAACCAUCAUUUUCAUUUUCCCUCAACGAAAGUUUUAUCAAGGACAUGCAAUGGGCUAAAAAGGAGGAAAAGAUUUAUCUCCUUCUUUCAAGUGAAGGGAAACUGUAUUGUGGGCAUGGUCAAAGUCAGGCGAAUUAUGUAAUGGACAAUGUUGAUGCUGUUGGAUGGAGUGCCAAUGGUGAUUGUGUUGCUGUGGCAAGGAACAAUGUCAUUAGCAUCCUGUCAUCACGGUUUGAGGAAAAGUUAAGCUUGGAGCCAUCAUUCAAGUUAAUGCUUAGCGAUUCUGAUGCUGAGUCUGUUAUUAGAGUGGAUGCUGUCAGAUGGGUUCGGCCUGAUAGUAUUGUGCUAGGAUGCAUUCAAGUUAAUGAUGAUGGUGAGGAAACUUAUGCUUUGCAAGUCAUCACAGGCAAGAAUGGUAAAAUUGAUGAUGACUCCUCCAAGCCAGUUAUUCAGUCCUUCACUAAUGUGUUUUCAGAUUUUCGUUCUGAUGCUGUUCCUUUCGCUAGUGGACCUCAUCUCUUCUUUAGCUAUUUAGAUAAUCAUGGGCUUGCAUUUGUUGCCAAUAGAAAGAAUCUGGAGCAGCAUAUUUUAUUAUUUGGUUGGUCAGUAGGUGAGGGGACAAAUGAGGCUGCAAUGAUUGAAAUUCUGAAUGAUAGUUGGUCUCCAAAAAUUGAGGCUCAAGAAUGUGGAGAUGAUAUUUUGGUCUUGGGGCUUGCCAUUGACAAGAUUUCCCAACAGAAAGGACUCAAACUGUUGCUUGGUGAAGAAGAAAAAGAGGUUUCACCCUGCUGUGUUUUUCUAUGUCUUGCUGGUGAUGGAAGGCUUUCAGCUUUUCACUUUGCUAGUGCUGCAGGUGCCUCUGCUACAUCACCAAUCUUUACCUGUUCUGAUGAAAAAGAGCAUACUUCUACAGUGGUGCUAUCUGAUCAUGUUGCUUCUGAAGUUCAGAAAAAAGAUGUAGAAGGCACGGGGAUGAAAUCUAAAGAACUAAAUAUAAGCGAAUCAGAUAUAAAAGCUGCAGGAGUUGCUCAACAGGGUACCCAGCCAUCUGUGCUUUCCCAAGAGGAUAUUAGGACCAGCAAUCAGGGACCCAAACUACUUCUGAACUUAGGGAGUGAGUAUCAGCAUAAACUACCUGUUAUGAAGCCAAGCCAAGAUAGGGAUGGAUUGCAAUCACCUAUGUUUGGGAAACAAGAUGAAAAUUUGAAACAUUCAUCAGUGAAUGCAUCUCAGCCUGCAAACCCAGAAACUCUAGGUAACAGUUUAAGGAUGAAAGCAGUUCAUUCAGCAGUUGAAGCCAAGACUAGUAUAGGUUCUGCUUCAGGGACCCCGCCAUCUGUGCUUUCCCAAGAUGCUAUUAGGACCAGCAAUCAGGGGCCCAAACCACUUCUGAACUUAGGGAGCGAGGAUCAGCAUAAACUCCCUGUUAUGAAGCUAAGCCAAGAUAGGGUUGGAUUGCAAUCACCUAUGUUUGGGAUACAAGAUGAAAAUUUGAAACAUUCAUCAGUGAAUGCAUCUCAACCUGCAAAUCCAGAAACUCUAGGCAACAGUUUAAGGAUGAAAGCAGUUCAUACAACAGUUGAAGCCAAGACUAGUAUUGGUUCUGAUUCAGUGAAAACCUCAAACAAUUACAGCCAAUCAUUUGGAAAAAGUAUGCAAACAGAACAUCCUAUGGGGGUGCAAGGGAGGACACAAUCAACUGGUUUUUCUAAUGCCGCAUCUUUUGCUGGCACCCUAAAAGGUGAUGAAAGAUCUCCUUUUUCCUUUGGUAACAUUCAACAAAAAGUUGCAGGUAAUUCUGAUAGAACUACGCUCUCUUUAUCUGGAGGUCAUCCCCAAAGUUCUCCGUGGACUCAGGCCCACUCAACCUCAGUUGAUUCUUCUAAGCAAAAAGUCAUGCCUUGGGCUGAGAGCAUUAAGUCAUCAUCUUCGUUGCAGCAAAACAUUUCAUUGCAAAAGCCUUCAAAGCUUCAACCUGCAAGAGAUACUUCUGAAAGAAUACCGUCCAAGCAGUUUCGCAGUGUUGAAGAAAUGGCCAGAAAACUGGAUGACCUUCUAGAAGGGAUAGAAGGUGAAGGGGGUUUUAUGAAUGCAUCCAUUGCUAGCCAGAAGAAUUCAGUUAUAAAUUUAGAAAAAGGCAUACAGGCUCUUUCUGAUAGGUGCAGGCUGUGGAGGGGAAUAAUGGAUGAGCGGCAAGGAGAGAUCCAGCUCCUCCUUGAUAAGACAGUAAAAGUUUUGGCAAAGAAAGUAUACAUGGAGGGCAUUCUCAAGCAGGCCACUGAUAGCCGAUAUUUGGAUCUCUGGAGUCGCCAGAAAUUAAGUUCUGAACUUGACUUGAAGCAGGAACAUAUAAGAGAUAUGAACAAGGUCUUAACCAAUCAACUCAUUGAGUUGGAAAGGCACUUCAACAUUCUUGAACUAAAUACUUUUGGUGGAAGUGAUGGGAUGCAAAUGAAUCGUAGAGCUUCCCAAAGCAAGCAUGGGCAAGGAAGGAAUGUCCAGUCCUUGCACAGCUUACGUGACACAGUGAAUGCACAACUAGCAGUAGCAGAGCAGCUCUCUGGAAGCCUCUCAAAACUUAUGAGUGAUUUGAACAUAGAUUCUUCUACAGACAGGCGUAAUGUUAGAAAGGAAUUGUUUGAAACAAUUGGACUGUCCUAUGAUGACACUGCUUACAGCACUCCAGCUAAGGAAAUGGUUUUGAGUACCCCAUUGAACAAGGAAAGAUCUGUUUCUUUUGCUGCUAAAGAGCAGUCCUGGAGAAAGCAAACGGAUGCAGCAAAGAGUUCUGAACCAGAAACAGCAAGGAGGCGUCGAGAUUCUUUGGAUCGGAGCUGGGCUAGUUUUGAGCCUUCCAAGACAACUGUAAAAAGAAUUCUCCUGCGAGAAGAUCACCAGAAGGUAAGUGCAAGUAGAGCAUCUUUGUCAGCUGAUAAACAGCAGCUCAAUUCUCAGUCAUAUGAUAGAUCAGCCGCCGCUGGCUCAAAUCUCUAUGGUGCAUCUUCAACCUCUUUUCAACAAUUCAAAAGCACUGGAUUUCCGGAUAUCUCAGAAAAACUAUCUAGUAGAAGUCCCGCUUCUUCCCAAUGGGCUGGUGGCCUUGGAAAACCCGCGGAGCAACUUUCAUCAGCUAGUAAUUUUUCAAUUUCACCACUGGCAUCUUCAACGUCUUUUCAACAAUUCAAAAGCACUGGAUUUCCAGACAUCUCAGGAGAACUAUCUAGUAGAGGUCCCACUUCUUCCCAAUGGGCUGAUGGCCGUGGAAAACCUGCAGAGCAACUUUCAUCAGCGAGAAAUUUUUCAAUUUCACCGCUGGCUCAAACCAAGUCAACUGUUUCUGGUCAAAGCAUUUCUAGGGAAAGUGGCAAAUUAACUAAUGAAAAUUCAACCAGCAACACUCUUACUGGGAAUUUGGCACUAGGUCAAUCAAAAUUCAUUCAGCAAUCUGAAACCAAACCACAUCUGAUGACAAACUCUACUUUGCGAUCAGAGUCUCCAAUACCACUGAAGGUUUCCCUGGACAGUCAGAACCCUGAUGGUAGACAGCUAGUUGAUACCAAUUUAACAGUCAGAGAUCAGAAGAAUGUACCGAUAGCAGGAGGAUUUAUGCCAACUGAAUUAAAGACUAGUUCUGGCUUUUCCUUCUCUCCUGCAACUGUUACUGAUCCAGCAUUUAACCUCCCUGGGAAUGUUAUGGCCUCAGAAAUUGUGCUAAAUAGAAGUCAGGCUGGUGGAACCUCAAUAUCUACUUCUGUUCAAUCUGUGAGUUCUUCGUUACCUGCAAAAUGCGAUGUACCGUCACUAUCUUCUUCAUCAUUUAGUUCCCCAUCAGUCUCAAAAUUCAAUUUACCAUCAACGUCUACUACAUUGUUUAGUUCCCCUUCACCUGCAAAAGUCAGUUUACCAUCAAUAUCUUCCACAUCUUCACCAGGAGCAAAUACACCAACCUCAUCAGGUGAACUAACACCAGAUAAAUUUUCAUCCAUUUUGAAAGCCAGUUCUGAUUCCAAUCAAAUGAUCUCACUAUCUCAGUCGUCAGGUGCUUCUCAAACAAAUUCUGCCUUUCACUUUCCGAAUUCUCAGAAAGUGGGCUCAUCACCCAUUACUCCAGAGAGUAAAAAAUCUGAUCCUAAAUCAUUGUCUCUAUUCCCUACUUCCAAUAUUGGUUCAAAAGAUGAUACAAAUUCUGCAACAACACCAUCAUCAAUAAAUGGACAUUCAGCAAACUUACAAUCUGGAAGUCAGAUGAGCUCAGCUAGCCUUUCAAGUCCUACCUUGGGUGUGGGAUUGAAUGCGAAACAGGAACAGUCAUUUGAUGCAGCUGUUUCUCCAUUGGCAGCUGUAUCAACUUCUCAAAAUCCCAGUGGAGGAAAUAAUGAGAAUACUGAUGCAUUCAUUGACGAGGAUGAGAUGGAAGAGGUAGCUCCUGAGACCAAUCAGGCAACUGAGCAGACAUUAGGCAACCUAGCUGGGUUUGGAAUUGGAGGUUCCACUACUGUAGCUGCUGCAAAGCCUAAUAUAUUUGGUACCUCAUUGUCUAAUAAAACCCCAACUCCAACAAGCUCUACCUUCACAAUGACAGCUCCUAGUGGUGAGCUAUUUAGACCAGCAUCUUUUAGUUUCCCAUCACUACAGCCACCACAGCCUCCAAGCCUUGGUAGCUUUUCUGGUGGCUUUACUACCAGUAAUGUAAGUCAAGCUCCUACUGGAGGUGGGUUUGGUCAACCAUCCCAAAUUGGAUCAGGACAGCAUGCUUUGGGAUCUGUCCUUGGUGCUUUUGGACAGUCAAGACAGUUCGGUGCUGGACUAGCUGCAAGUGGUUCUGCAUCUGCGAGUGGUUUUGGUACCAAUUUUAUAAGCAACAAUUCUGGUGGCAGUUUUGGAGGUGGGUUUAGUGGGGUCUCGGCUGUGGGUGGUGGAUUUUCUAAUUUAGCUUCUGCUGGCGGUGGAUUCGCUGGUGCCGCUGGGGCUGGUGGGUUUGCUGCUGCAGCAACAGGGGCUGGUGGAUUCUCUGCUGCUGCAACCCCAACUGCAAGUGCUUUUGGUGCUGCUGCCGGUGGUGGGUUUGGAGGUUUUAGCAGCCAACAAGGCGCUGCAGGCUUCUCUGCAUUUGGUAACAGUUCAGCUGCUGCAAGACCCCCAUCUCAACUCUUCACACAGAUGAGAAAAUAGUGAAGGAAUUAUCAAGCAAUCAAUACUUAAAACAGGGGUUGGGUGGCUGUGCUUUUGUUAUUACUGGAAGGAAUGUUUUUGGCAAUCUGUUCUUCUGCUUAAUUGUAGAAAUUGCACUAGUGUACCAACCCAUCCAAAUCAUCUAGCCUUCAAUUGCACUUUGUAUACACUUAUCAUUUUCCUUGAAGCUAUAAGCUAUUGUGACAGUAUCA